GUGCGCCGCCGGCGAUUGUCGGCGGUCGGCCGGGGACGAGGCGUCUGAAAUGAUCGUCAUUAGGACGCCGUUGAAAGAUUAGGAUUCUUUAAUGUUGAUCGUCGAGAAUUGCUAAGAAGCUAAGAACUUUUUGGUAGCCAGUUGAGCUAGAUAUCUAAGAGCAGACACUUCAGAAGCACUGAUGUUUUAUGUGCUUUAAUAGAAGCUUUUCAUUUUGGUUUUGUGACGUUUUGAGUUAAUUGUUUAGAACCAUCUGCGCUUUACAAUUGCAAGUUAGGGAACAGCGUAGGAUAACUGAAUUGUGCUACUUAACAUCAGAUUCACUAUGAAGGAGUUAGUACGAUUGAACUUCCUUAGUUUGCUACAAAUCUGUGCUUAAAAUUUUAAUUGCAUUGCCAUUCAAUCAGUUCUCUCUUCUUUGGUUACCAAUUUUUAUUAAGACUUUUAACAGCAGGAUACUCUUUUCAGUUAGUUGCAUGUAUCUGUGUGAGCCAGCAAUUUGUAUUCCUCCUUGCUCCAUCCAUUUGUGCCGCUUUAAUCAACUGACAUAUAGAGCUGGCAGGAGCUAAAUUCCCCAUCCAGAUGAUCCCUUCCACAAUCUCAAAAUAGAAGACAAGCAUUUGGUUGUCAUAGAUUAGUUCUUUUUGACGGUAAAGGAAGGGAAUCCCACACUCCCCCUUUUUAGGGAAGGGGGAAUUAAGUUCUUCAUUGGCACUUCUGAGACCUAGAACCUCUUGCCACUCUUGUUUAGUCAAGCAAAUCACGAACUAACCCAGCUAGUUGGCUUAAUCUUUUAUUAGACUUUGACGUUUGUGUCCACCAUAUAGUUCUUAUGUAGUUUGAGUAGUGUGUUCUACUUGGGGUACCCGAUAACUCUUGGUUUUGGAGUUGAAUGCAAUUUUAUUUUGGCAUUGCUCUUUCCUGUUUCUUACUCGAUACCCUUCUUUCUCAUAGGUAACUUGCAUAGUUCCUUAAAAUUUGCAUAUAUAUCAUUGCCGUCCAUACUGGAUUAUAUUUGAUGACCAAGGAUUGCUGUAUCAAAUUCAAAAGGCACCCACCACUUGAUAGUAUCACCAAUUCAGUAUAUCUCCCAUCUGAAGCUUCAUAUGUAGUUGAGCUUGCCUCGUUAUUAAUGUCCACACAAGGUUGCUGUAUCUCUAUUGGAAUUUCUUGUUUGAGUUUCUUCCGUUUGGCCCGUGAUGAUGGAACUGCAGGAUUUCUUAGGUUUCUUUCUCAUGUGGAAGUUGAAGCGAAAGCCUGAACAAGAUGACAACGAAGCUGCAGAAUCAAGUGAGUGGGCAACCAGCCUGGGAUAUGCUGAAGCAAUUAACAGUCCUCUCCUUACCCCAGUGUCAGGAAAAGGUGGCCGGUCCUAUGGCAGGUCAAAGGUUACAAAAGGCAACAAAUUUAUACCACAGACCCCCAUCUCAAAUGCUGGUUCUCCUUCGGACCACAAUCUCACUCCGGCUGGUAACUGCCGUUAUGACAGUUCGCUAGGACUUUUGACGAAAAAGUUCAUUAAUUUACUCAAACAUGCUCAGGAUGGCAUUCUUGAUUUGAACAAUGCUGCAGAAACUUUAGAGGUGCAAAAAAGGCGGAUAUAUGACAUCACAAAUGUUCUAGAAGGAAUAGGUUUGAUAGAAAAGAAACUGAAAAAUAGAAUACGUUGGAAGGGACUUGAUGAUUUAAUGCCAGGAGGUGCGGAUGCUGAUAUUUCAAAUUUGCAGUUGGAAGUUGAAAGUCUUACUUUGAAAGAGCAAAGCUUGGAUGCACAUAUAAGCAAAUUGCGUGAAAAAUUAAGUGAUCUCAGUGAAGAUGAAUACAGUCAGAAGUGGCUUUAUGUGACAGAAGAUGACAUCAAAGGAAUACCCUGCUUUCAGAAUGAAACACUAAUUGCAAUUAAAGCGCCCCAUGGUACUACCCUUGAAGUUCCGGAUCCAGAAGAGGCUACUGACUAUCCCCAAAAGCGAUAUAGAAUUGUCCUGAGAAGCACCAUGGGACCGAUAGAUGUUUACCUAGUGAGUAAAUUCGAGGAGAAAUUUGAGGAGAUGAAGGGUGCUGAGACACCACCAAGACUCCCACCUGCAUCAAGUUCAGGGUCCACACAGAAUUCAGUAUGGACAAUGGCUGCAGAAUGCACUAAAGAAAAAGAGAUCGAUCCUCAGCUUCAAAACUCAAGGAUGUGCUCAAAUUUAGAUGCCUCGAAUGAUUUUGCUGGUGGGAUCACCAAGAUAAUUCCUUCAGAUGUCGAUACUAAUGCAGACUACUGGCUUCUGUCGGAUGCUGAAGUUAGCAUUACAGACAUGUGGAAGACAGCGCCUGAGGUUCAAUGGGAUGGGAUAAACAGAAUUAACCCAGAGGAUUUUAUCACGGAGCCAGUCAACAAUCGCGUGCCUCAAACUCCCCCUCCUGGCGUUGCUGAGGUCCCAUCCAAGACAAACACUGCUCCAAGAUGAAUACAAUAAUUAUGAAGGAAAAGAAGGAACUCACAGUUUUCAGGUUUGGACGAGAGACAGUAAUGCGGAACAAGUACCUCAUUGUCUUAUUCUUGCCGAUGAUUCUUGAAUCAGGAAAAUCAUCAAUUUUGGUGACAACGAGAUGGGAAAGGGAGGAAAAAGCUGUAGAUUGUCGCAUACAACAGCUGCAGUGUUAACACCAUCGCAAGUCGAGUGUAUAGCCUACAUGAUAUUACCCUUGAGUUGGUGCUUCUCCCAUUUUUUUAAGCAUCCAUGCCCAAGGCCUCAUUUGUAGUCUGAAUUGAAACCAAUCAAUUGUCCUAAUACCUUAUUUUAAUUAAUCGAGGACAGAAUAUUAUUUCGUACUAUCCUUUUU